GGUCGGCGUCCAACGUAACCAGGAAAUCCCGCCUCCAGACACAGGAACAGGAAGCCGCCGAGUGGUCCCGGGGGUGGGUGAGUUGGACCCGCCGAGAUGGCAGUUUUUCCCGCGGAGUCUUGGUCGCUUUUCAGGUUGCUGUACACCUUGGCUAUCCCUGCACUGAUACUCAGUGGAGUUCUAUGUAUCGGUCUAUUGCUGUUCCUGUGGGGUAUACGGCUGUGGCUCCAACAAAGGAAAAACAAGUUACUCCCCCCAAGGAAAGAUGGGAAAAGGCCACGCGUGGUGGCAUUUUUUCAUCCAUAUUGCAAUGCAGGUGGUGGAGGGGAAAGGGUCUUAUGGUGUGCUCUAAGAGCUUUGCAGAAUAAAUACAAAGAUGCUUCUUACAUUGUCUAUACUGGCGAUACCGGUGUCACAGCUGAGAAUAUUCACCAAGGUGCUUACAGGCGAUUUAACAUCCGACUAAAUCAACCUGUGAAGUUCGUGUUUUUGAAAAAGCGCUACCUUGUGGAAGCUUCCCUGUACCCGUAUUUCACUCUGCUGGGACAGAGCUUGGGUUCACUGGUUCUGGGCUGGGAAGCUCUUCUGAAGUGUACUCCCGAUGUUUAUAUUGACUCCAUGGGUUAUGCCUUCACGCUCCCCCUCUUCAAGUAUUUAGGGGGCUGUCAAGUAGGAUGUUACGUUCACUACCCAACCAUCAGUACUGAUAUGCUUUCUGUGGUUAAGAAUCAGAAUGCCAGAUUUAAUAAUGCCACCAUCAUUGCAAAAAAUCCCCUAUUAAGCAAGCUGAAACUUGUAUAUUAUUACUUUUUCGCUUUAAUGUAUGGGCUAGCUGGAUCUUGUGCUGAUGUUGUCAUGGUUAAUUCUUCAUGGACACUCGGUCAUAUUGUUUCCCUUUGGCGCUGUGGCUUCUACCCAAACAUUGUAUAUCCUCCUUGUGACGUUCAGGCAUUCCUGGAUAUACCUCUGUGCAAGGAAAAUAACACCGCCGAGCACACCGUUGUUUCAGUAAGCCAGUUCAGGCCAGAGAAGGACCACCCUUUGCAGAUCAGAGCCUUUGCUAAAUUGUUGCAGAAGCCUGAAGGGCAGCAGGCGCUACCCAAACUUAUUCUGGUUGGGGGCUGCCGUAACCAAGAAGAUGACCAGCGUGUAAAUGAACUUAAAAAGCUCUGUCAAGAACUGGGUGUUGAGAAAAGGGUGGAAUUCAAAGUUAACAUUCCAUUUGAAGAAUUGAAAACCCACGUGGGAAAUGCAACCAUUGGUCUUCACACCAUGUGGAACGAACACUUUGGAAUCGGAAUCGUUGAAUGCAUGGCAGCAGGCACAGUUAUACUCGCUCACAACUCUGGAGGCCCCAAACUGGACAUUGUGGUGCCCUACGAAGGGAAUCUCACUGGAUUUCUGUCAGAGAGUGAAGAUGACUAUGCAGACACUAUGGCUCAUAUCUUUUCACUGUCUCCUGCAAAAAGGCUGGAGAUCAGAAAAAAUGCGCGUCAGUCUGUAAAGAGAUUUGGGGAACAAGAAUUUGAGGAAACAUUCCUAUCAUCCAUGGAACAAUUUUUUAAAUAAAAUGUUGUUUAUGCGUCUGGACACCAGAGGGAUUACGGUGCGCCGUUUAUAUUGUCUUUAUUUAUUAAUUACAUUGUGCAAUAAAGUAUUUCUGAUA